CUGACUCGACACGAUCAGCCUCCCGGAGCCAAAAGUACACAGAACAUUUAUCAACUCCGCAGCGGCUCAGUCCAAUGGUCAGCGCCGCCCGGCUCCUCUGGACUCUGUGAACCGCAGCUCCUGCACAAAAGCAGCUUCUGCAGCUGCAUGAGGACCUGAGAGCUGCAGCAACUACACAACUACACAACUACAGAAAAAAAAAAAGGAGAGUUUAGGCCAGUGCGUAUCGCAGUCAUGUCUGGGCAGAAUAGAUUCGUGAGUCCGUUUCACAGACCGCGGUGUUUGGCUGCUGCAGCUCCGGCAGGAAAAGCGAAUCUAACGCACCCCGGCAAGGCCAUCCUGGCAGGUGGAAUCGCAGGAGGCAUCGAGAUCUGCAUCACGUUCCCCACAGAGUACGUUAAAACACAGCUGCAGCUCGACGAGAAGGCAAAUCCUCCCAAAUACAAAGGCAUCGUCGACUGUGUGAAGCAGACAGUGAACGGUCAUGGGGUGAGGGGUCUUUACCGAGGUCUCAGCUCGCUGGUCUAUGGCUCCAUACCCAAAGCAGCCGUCAGGUUUGGGGUGUUUGAGUUCCUCGCUAAUAAGAUGCGAGACGAGAGCGGGAAGCUGGACAGCAGGCGGGGAUUCUUCUGUGGCCUCGGAGCUGGAGUUGCAGAGGCCGUGUUUGUAGUCUGUCCCAUGGAGACAGUAAAGGUGAAAUUCAUCCACGAUCAGACGUCAGCAAACCCAAAGUACAGGGGUUUUUUCCACGGGGUGAGAGAAAUCAUCAGAACUGAGGGACUGAGAGGAACUUAUCAGGGUCUAACAGCGACUGUGUUGAAGCAAGGCUCCAACCAGGCCAUUCGCUUCUACGUCAUGACUUCACUGAGGAACUGGUACAAAGGUGACAACCCCAACAAAACUAUUAACCCUCUGCUGACUGGACUGUUUGGAGCGACGGCCGGAGCUGCCAGUGUGUUUGGAAACACUCCCCUGGACGUCAUCAAGACCAGAAUGCAGGGUCUCGAGGCUCACAAGUACAAAAGUACGCUGGACUGUGCCGUGAAGAUCAUGAAGCACGAGGGACCAAUGGCGUUCUACAAAGGUACUGUACCUCGGCUGGGUCGGGUGUGCAUGGACGUGGCCAUCGUCUUUAUCAUCUACGAGGAGGUCGUGAAGGUCCUGAACGUUGUUUGGAAGACGGACUGAAACCACGGACGUGUCGGUGCUGCACAAGCAGGAGUCUUUGGACGGGCCUCCUAUGUUAUUAACUAGGCCACGGUCGACUAAACCGGUCUACUAAAACCCUGCUUAUAGCUUCAAAUAUCUACCUCCAAGUGAUUUUCAGAAAGCAAGAAAGAAAAAAAAAAAAGAAACAAAGGGAUUGGUGGGAUUUUAUUUAUAGCACAGACAUGACCAGUUGAACCAUGGAAAGAAAAGCUCCGGGUUGCAGUGUUGCUGCUUACAGAUGCUCAUUUUUUUUCCUCAUAUUCCAGAAGGAGGAAGUUCCUUAACAGCUCAGGGAAAAGAACGAGGCAUUUACUUACACCUGCUCGACUAAAUGAAACUGGAGCACCGACUAGUGAGGAGUGCUGUAAAGAGAAACCAAUGCCCUGCCCAAUGUAAUGUGAUUUAGAAACGUUAGGAUGAGAAAUUAUACUUGAAAAAGACAAAUAAUCCCAGAGAUUGAACAUUUUAAAGACUUUUUUUUUUUUUUUUUUUUUUUAUGCAAAUGUUUAGAGAAUUUGAAACAGUUCAGUUAUUUCUUUGAGUCCUGGGGGAAUCAUUAACAUUCAGACGCUGCAGAAUCUACAGGUACAUUAAGAACUAAAUGCCUUAAAUCAAGAUUGUAAAAAAAAAUAGUCAAAAGUAGAAUCUGUAAAGAUGCAGUCAGCUCGAAGAGGCGACACUUCUUAAAAAGUGUUAUAAUCCGUUAAUUUGCUGCACUAAUGCCAUGAAACGUGCCUGUUUUUUUUUUUUUUUUGUUUUUUUUUGAGAUUAGGAACGCUUGAAUGUUUAUUCACUACAGAUAUUAAUGAUGUUCUCCGUUGCACACUCUCCACAUAUCCACAUAUCUCCUCAGUUGAUCUUAACUGUUCGUGUUUAUGUUGAAUUGUUUGCUUUUAAACACCGUCACUGGACAGACAUGCCUGUUUGAGAAACGCCUUUCAAAGUGCCUUCCAUUUCAUUCCAUGGAGGACGAGUAGUUUUAGCUUUUAUUUUUUUUUAAAGUAAUGUCAUUUUAAUUGCCUUAACGAUGAUUCCAGUGCCAACUGCUGCUCAUAAAUACAACGCCAUGUCAAACCAUGGAGCUUCUGGCAUGUUUACAUGUAGUGCAACUAAUUGCUUUGCUUAUCACACACUUUUCCGUAUAGGACGCACAAUGUUUACUGUGAGAUGCCCUCUUCAGCUUCAUGUUUAACCGGACCAUGCAUACAUGUGGACUUACUUAAACAACCUAACACGUGGAAAGUCUUCAGUAGUUAAAGCUGUAUCUUGUGCCUUCUGUCUACUUAAUUCAAAUGUCUCUGCUCACAAAUAAACAUGGACCAGACUGUU